GUGCUUGGCUGGGGGCGAUUCUCUCCAGCCGGUGAUGACCCUCUUGUUCUUGGGUGGCGUUGGUGAGUGAGGCUCCCGUGGGACUCUUGCUGCCACCGUGCCUUUUUUUUCCCCUGAACGGAAAAGGAGGUCUGAAAAGACACACAUGGCGUUUAGAGAUGUGGCUGUGGAUUUCACACAGGAGGAGUGGAGCCUGCUGAGUCCUGCCCAGAGAACGCUGUACAAGGAGGUGAUGCUGGAGAACUAUAGCAACUUGGUGUCUCUGGGAAUUUCGUUUUCUAAACCCAAACUCAUCACUCAGCUGGAGCAAGGGAAGGAGACAUGGAGAGAGGACAGACAGUGUCCACUGGCCGCCUGUGCAGAACCAAAACCAGAACUCAGCCUUGGUCCUUGUUGCCCUCCCGGUCUCUCCAGUCAGAACUUCCCCAUGCAACACCCACUGGGUGAUCCUCCCCGCUGGAUCUUCUCGUGCUUGUGUGCAGAGACGCACGCCGUCGAGCCAGGCGUCGAGCCGGGGGAGCCGGCCCCUGGGGAACAGGAGCCGCAGCAAGCCUCUGAUGGACACAUCUGGAGCAAUAGAGCAGAAGAUCACGGGAGACGGCGCACCAGGCCUUUGUUUGGAAGGACAAAGAAGAGGGCUUUGGGAGCAUGUUCCAGGCCACCCCAAGGGCAGCUGGUCAGCUCUCAGAGUGGCAUUGGAAGGGAGGAGGCUGAGGCGAGUGCGUCUGAGACAGGAAACCCGGAGGAAACGAACAGAUUGUUGGAAAGGAUAGAAGUCUUGGGAUUUGGAACGGUCAACUGUGGAGAGUGCGGGCUGGGCUUCAGCAAGCUGGCAAACCUGCUGAGUCACCAGAGGAUACACUCAGGGGAGAAACCCUAUGUGUGUGGCGUGUGCGAGAAGGGCUUCAGUCUGAAGAAGAGCCUUGCCAGGCACCAGAAGGCACACUCAGGGGAGAAACCCAUCGUGUGCAGGGAGUGCGGGCGAGGGUUUAACCGGAAGUCGACGCUCAUCAUCCACGAGAGGACGCACUCUGGCGAGAAGCCUUACAUGUGCACUGAAUGUGGGCGGGGCUUCAGUCAGAAGUCCAACCUCAUCAUACACCAGAGAACACACUCAGGAGAGAAACCAUACGUGUGCCGUGAGUGUGGCAAAGGCUUUAGCCAGAAGUCGGCUGUUGUCCGGCACCAGAGGACACACUUGGAGGAGAAGACCAUUGUGUGCAGUGACUGUGGCCUGGGUUUCAGUGACAGAUCCAACCUCAUCUCCCACCAGAGGACACACUCGGGUGAGAAGCCCUAUGCCUGCAAGGAGUGUGGGCGUUGUUUUAGGCAAAGGACAACCCUUGUCAACCACCAGAGGACGCACUCCAAGGAGAAACCCUAUGUGUGCGGAGUGUGUGGGCACAGCUUCAGCCAGAAUUCAACCCUCAUCUCUCACCGGAGGACACACACAGGGGAGAAGCCAUAUGUGUGUGGGGUGUGUGGGCGAGGCUUCAGUCUGAAGUCCCACCUCAACAGACACCAGAACAUACAUUCUGGGCAGAAGCCCAUUGUGUGCAAGGACUGUGGCCGGGGCUUCAGCCAGCAGUCCAAUCUCAUCAGACACCAGAGGACACACUCAGGGGAGAAGCCCAUGGUCUGUGAGGAGUGUGGGCGUGGCUUCAGUCAGAAGUCCAACCUCCUUGCACACCAGAGGACACACUCAGGGGAGAAGCCAUACGUGUGCCGCGAGUGUGGGCGGGGCUUCAGUCACCAGGCUGGGCUCAUCAGGCACAGGAGGAAACACUCAAGGGAGAAGCCGUACACGUGCAGGCAGUGUGGACUAGGCUUUGGCAAUAAGUCAACUUUAAUCACACAUAAGCGGGUCCACUCAGAAGAGAAACCUUGCCUGGGUGGAGAGUGUGGCCAAAGCUUUAUCCCAAAGUCCCAGGUCACGUUACAUCAGCUGGCACAAAAGGGUGAGAAGCCUCAAAUGUGCAAGAUGUGUGGGCAGGGCUUUAGCCAGAAGUCUCACCUCCGCAAACAUCGGAAGAUAAAGGCCAUCCACCACAAAGCACCACUGCGCCCUGAGGCCCACGCGGGGCAGCCUGCUGGUCGCCCGUACUCUCUUUGAAAAGUAGAGGUGGUGAUGAGGACCAGCUGCCCACAUGUUUACACUUCCAGGAAACAUGCAGUGGAGUAGAAGAUUGCAUUCCAUAAAUGUUCUAGAGACAUUGAACUUAGUCUACUUUCCCCACACGAAGUCCUCUCCACAUUUUGUGGCCUUUGGUUCUAAUAAAUCUUCCUUACACAUCUGUAA